CGAGCGUCGGGGACAGGGGAUUGUGCUUGCGUCAACGGCGCGCGCCGUGGGAACCUUGCAAGCAGCAUGGCUGCAGGUUGUUCAGAGGCGCCGCGGCCAGCGGCGGCUUCUAAUGGGUCUCUGGUAGGGCAGGCUGGCGUCCUGCCUUGUCUAGAGUUGCCGACUUAUGCCGCUGCUUGUGCGCUGGUGAACAGUCGCUACUCAUGCCUGGUGGCCGGGCCGCACCAAAGGCACAUCGCGCUGUCGCCCCGCUACCUUAACAGGAAACGCACCGGCAUUCGAGAACAGCUUGAUGCGGAGCUCCUUCGCUAUUCUGAGAGCCUUUUAGGUGUCCCUAUUGCAUAUGAUAACAUCAAAGUUGUGGGAGAGCUUGGAGAUAUUUAUGAUGAUCAAGGACACAUUCAUCUUAACAUUGAAGCCGAUUUUGUUAUUUUUUGCCCUGAACCGGGGCAAAAGCUUAUGGGUAUAGUUAAUAAAGUGUCUUCUAGCCACAUUGGCUGUUUAGUACAUGGGUGUUUCAAUGCCUCCAUUCCUAAACCUGAGCAGUUGUCAGCUGAGCAGUGGCAAACCAUGGAGAUAAACAUGGGUGAUGAACUAGAAUUUGAAGUAUUUCGUUUAGACUCAGAUGCUGCUGGAGUAUUCUGCAUUCGGGGAAAACUAAAUAUCACAAGUUUACAGUUCAAGCGCUCUGAAGUUUCUGAAGAAGUUACAGAAAAUGGCACUGAGGAAGCUACUAAAAAACCUAAUAAGAAGAAAAAGAAGAAAGACCCAGAGACAUAUGAAGUGGACAGUGGUACCACAAAGCUAGCGGAUGAUGCAGAUGACACUCCAAUGGAAGAGUCAGCCCUGCAGAAUACUAAUAAUGUGAAUGGCAUCUGGGAGGAGGAGCCAAAGAAAAAGAAGAAGAAGAAAAAGCACCAGGAAGUUCAGGACCAGGACCCUGUUUUCCAAGGCAGUGACUCCAGUGGUUACCAAAGUGACCAUAAAAAGAAAAAAAAGAAAAGAAAACACAGUGAAGAGGCCGAAUUUACCCCACCUUUGAAAUGCUCACCAAAAAGAAAAGGGAAAAGUAAUUUUCUUUAGUGUAUUUUAAACACGAUUCAGUUUUUAAAAGAUCGAUCUACAUACAAUUGAUGAAUAAAUGUUUUCAGUGAUAUGAAAAGGUUAAGUAUGCCAGUAGUUUACAAAACAGAAAAUACUUAACUAGGAGUAGGAGGCUCUAUAUGCUAAAAAUGAUAAAACUGACUGUAAAUUAAUUUGAGGAAAACCAGUAUUGUUAAAGUACCAUUUUAUACAAAAUAAAAAGCUGCUCUCACUGUCAGCUCUCAUAUUCUUCCAGGUUUUGCACUCUACAUAAAAUUAUUUCUACAAUGUAAAGACUAGCCAAAGGACUUUAUAAUACAAUAUUAUAUUACUAAAGAAUGAGUUAAGUUUGAGAUUUUGAUGAUUUGAUUUUAUAUGUGUUUUUAAUAGGCUUCACCUUAGUACAUGCUAUUUUAUUUUGCUUUUUUAAAAACUCAGGACAUUAACUAAUUUUAGGUUUUCCUUUAUCAUGGCUUCUACAGUAUUUCUAUUGUUUAACAUAAAAUGGUUUGCCAAAGAAGUUUCUGAAGUCUUCACAGCUCUUAAAAGCCAGGCCAGUACUGACUGUGUGGUGGUAAAUGCUAUUCAUUAUUCUUUUCUUCCAAGUGCAUGUGUGUCCUUGUCUUCUUAAGUCUGAGAGGUUGCUGGAAAGGACUGUUUUCUUGUACUUGUCCAUUUGUGCCUCAGCCAUUCUAGUUUUGUUGUGUGUUGGAGGACAGUCUAAUGAAGACAGGAUAAAUGUGAUUCUGACUAGUGGGAAAUUUCAGAUUACUUUUUAAUGAUUGGAAUGGGCUAUAAGAUAUUGUGCUGAAGAGAAAACAGUUGUUCUGUUCACUGCUUUCAUUGAGAAAAUGUGGAAUGUCUCUUGACUAAUUGACAAAGUGUAAUGAAAUGACAAGCUGGUUGAAGCUGGUAAUCAAUGCAUGGCCAUAUGUAUUCAUUUUCCACACACUUGACCAUCUACUUUGUAUAAAACAUUCUGCUAAGGCCCAGGGAUACAAUGGCAAACAAGAUGUAGUUCCUUCCCUUGUGGCAUGUCAUAAGAGAAACAGAUGUGCAUAUACACACAAUAAAUAAGAAAAUUAAUAAUUGUAUUAAGUGGUAUGAAAAAAAGGGGGAGGAUUGUUCACUCACUGUUACCUGUGUUAGUAUCUGCAAAUGGAUGAAUGGUUGAACUCCCAUGUCAGCAUUUUUGUUGCCAUUUAUUUAGUACCAGACAUAGUGCUGGUCUCACAGCUUAAUAUUUGGUAAUGAAUAAAUUCUGCUAGUGGUAUAUGUUGAUCUGAACUUACAAUGAUGGGAUAUAGAAUUGGCAGAGUGGCAGAUGUUCACAAUUGUCUACAAGUAGAUGUGCUAGACAAUGGAAGGAUGCAGGCCAACCUCCUUGAUUACAAUUGAGAUUCAUGUGACUAUUGAGCCCUGGAAAUGUAGCUUGUCCAAAUUGAGAUGUGCUGUCAGUAUAAAAUACAUACCAGAUUUUGAAGAUGUACCAAAAAAUGUAAACUAUCUCAAUUUUUAUAUUGGUGAAAUCAGUAUGUUUUGGUAUAGUGGCUUAAAUCAAACAAUUUUAGCCUUUCUCAGUUUAUUUUUCUACAAAAAGAUUAAAAAUUGUACAUGAAGCUCAUGUUAACUUUCUUUUGGUCAGUGCUAUUUUAAAGGAAGUAUGAGUUGAAAAAAAUUUGAAAUAAACUAUAUCAUAUUACCAGGACUUAAUAUAGUGGCAUACCCAGGAAAUGCUUAAUAAGUGUUCCCUUCACAUUUUAAAAUUUGAGUAUACAAUCAUGUUUGACAAUAUAGAAAUUUAAUUUUUAGUGAAACAAUUCUAAACCCCUUUUCCAUAGACACUAAGAAAGAUGCCAAAUUUAUGCUAUUCCUGGAAAAAUACAUUGUGGCUUAGCAAAUAAGCAAGUUCCCACGUUACUUUUGUUUUGCUUCAAGUAAUACUUCUGCCAGUUGUGUUUUAUGAAUUAAACAGGGAGCGGCAUGCUGAACUUGAAACUAGAUUUGUUCCUGCUUUUUGCACAAUGUGAGUAGUUUUGAAAAGUCAGAUCUGGCCAUUUGUCUUUCCUAGAAUAGCAUAACUUUGUUCAUUGUUUUUUUGUUUGUCUUUCUUUCUGACACAGAAAGACUGAUGAUGGUGUCCACUAUGUAUUCUUCAAAACAUUUGUCACAUGCUGCACUAACCUAGUCUAUCUUUUCUAUCUUGGAAUUUGCUCAUACAAACCCUAUAGCCUAGACUAGAUCCCUUACCCUCUCUCCAGUUCCUAUCAUUCACCCAUUUCACUGUGCAAGACACCUCACUAGUCACCAGUGAUAAAGAAAUGACUUUUAAGCAGUUUCUGCUCUUAAGGGCUUACCGUUUUGUCUAUAAGAUACACAAGUAUAAAUGAUAAGUACAAAUAACAAUGAAUGUUUAAUGCUUUAUGGUUAGUGUUUAAGCUUGUUGUUGGAAGAGCAGCAUUUUGACCCUUGGAGAAGAAAAACUAGCUGUGGCAUUCCAGGUGGAGAACCUGACAGAGGACUAAGAAGUUAUCUAAUGUAAAAGACCUCAGGCACCACCUUCGCAUAAACUUUUUCCAGACGAGACUAAAUGUGCAUGCUUCAUAACCAUAAUUCUUAUUUUUCUUUAAUAAAUAUUUUUCUACUUGUAACACUGUGCAUUAUUUCAAACUGUUUACCUGUUUGUAAAGCUUGUCUCUUAAUCAAAUUUGUCUUGACCAAAUAAGUUUCCUGAGGGCUGGAAUUAUGCCUUAACUAUAUCUGUCGUAUUUAACAGUGAAUCCUUUGUAUAAUGAAAGCAUCAACAGAUAAUUUUAAAUUGAUAAAUAAAAAGCACAGUUUCAAAUGGUA